AUGAAGUGUGACGUCAGAAAUGACGCUCUGGUCGCGUGGCGAGGUUACCAGCGGUUACAUGCAGGAACAGCAAGUGCAAGAAACAGCCAGGAAGUGAAGUGGAGAGAAGCGGAGUCAAAGAACGCGAAGAACACAAAGAAGAGAAAGAUCGCUGCGUAUGGCGGAGUUGCUUUUCGUGUGUGUCAGUUUCUUAUUCUAAUCUCGAUUCUUAGGACGUCGUCUCUGCGAAGGUUAGGACAGUCUAAGAUCCCUGUGUACUUUGUGGCAGUAAAAGCACCUGACUUAGUGUUUCAAUGGUCGUCUCUCAUCUGUCAAUUCAUGAGAGUUCGUGCACCAGUUGGAAGUGUAUCUAGUGGAGAGUUUUUCGUGUGGGAGGUGCCCAUUGACAUGGAUGAGGGCUCUUCAAACUUUCAAGGGAACAUCACGAAGCAAGGAGGAUCAACACAGUUGUUCCAAAACCCUCGCACUCCAGAAAAUUUACCUAUGGUGGAGGAAAUUUGUAUUAAGACAGAAGAUACCUCUACCGCAAAUGACAACUCUGAUAAGGCAGAAGGAUGCUCUUUGAAAAUGGAUGUCACCUCUCCUAAUGGUAAAAUGGAAGUGGGCUCUCCCAAAACUGAUGUCCUAUCCAUGAAGAUGGAUGUUGUUUCUCCAAAAAUGGAGGCAUCAUCCCCUAGUAUGGACAUAUCUUCUCCUAAUAUGGAGGUAUCUUCUCCUACAAUGGAAGUGUCUUCACCUAACACAGAAGAAGGCUCUGCCAAAAUGGAAGAAGUUGCAGUGAAAAUGGGAGAAGUUUCUGUAAAGUCAGAGGAACGUAGUACCUCCAAGGACAGUGCUAAUAUGGAGCAAGGGUCAGAAAAGAUGGAAGAGGUUGCUGUAAAGAUGGGAGAAGUGUCAGUAAAAGCAGAAGGAAAUAUGAUGGAUGAUAUUCCCUCAGAGAAGGGUUCUGUUAAAAUGGAAGAAGUCUCAGUUAAGAUGGAGAAAGUUUCAGUGCAGUCAGAACAGGUUUCCUCCAAGGACGCAACAUUUAAGGCAGACGGAGAUUCUGAAAAGAAAAUACAACAUUAUCGUGGUGUUGCAUGUGUUACAGAAGGAGAAGUUCCAGACUGGUUGACUGUAGACCUUUUAGUUCGUGCAAUUCGCAAUGACAAACCUGGUACAAAGAAACCUCAAAUACGACCCUUUGGGUCCCCAGCUUCUAAAACUCGAGCUGCUUCCCAUGGCCAUCCACCAAGCAAAGUGCAACCUCAUCAAAUGGUUUCUCCUUAUAACAAUCCUCUUUUGAAUAGGCCAUCAGGAACUCAUAUGUUAGGCGAACCAUCCACUAGUCAUGUGGCUAGGCCAUCCAACAGUCCUUCUGCCAAUAGAGCAUCUAGUAGCCAGACAGUUAGUAGGACAUCUACAAGCGAGUCUCCUGGCAAAGCAUCAACCAGUCAGUCUUCUGGAAAUAAACUUCCUAACAGUCAGACAGCAAAUAAGCCUUCCUCCAGUUGUACUUCUGACAGCACCCCACCAGAGCGGACAUCAAGUCAGAAUAAAGGAAAGGCUGGUCCGGGUGUACGCAUCAAGGGCAAAUCAUCUCUGAGUUUAAAUAAAGGUAAGGCUCCAGCUGGAGAAGCAAGUUCCAGAGCAUCUGGUAGUUCAGUUGAAGGAAGAGACUCUGGUAAUGGAUCUGAAGGUGGAUCUUCAGCUGGUAUGUCUGGUCUGAGUGAUGAUGGUGGAAGUAAGUCUUCUGAUAAUAGUUCAGAAUAUGUAAGCACUAACAAAGAUUGUGAAAAUAAGAUCUGUGAUAUUCAAGGAAGGACUUCCAGUGUAUUGGAAAGGCAAUCCUCGAAUGAUGAGAACAAAGAUUCUGAACACAUUGAAAGCAAAUUAUCUGAUGAUAAUUUAGAAGAGAAAUCUGUUGAUUGCAGUGCUGAAGCAGCUUCGAGCAGCAGUGUGGCCAGCAAUACUGUUGCAAACCCUACAGGGUGUAGGAGUGAACUUGAGAAGACUGAGGCCUUGGAUACAUUCAAAAAACCAAUCGAUCCACCAAAACGCCCUCUGAAAAAAACAGGUGUUCCUCUGAAAGGAGCUGUCAGAAAGCUAGUUGAUCCUUCAAAAGAUACUUUCAAGAAACCCAUUGAUCCACCAAAACGCACUUUGAAAAAACCAAUUGACUCUUCAAAAAUUAUUAAAAAGACAUCAGAACCACCAAAAGUAAGAUUCAAGAAACCAGAAGUGUCUCCAAAAGAUGCAAUGCAGAAGCCAACAGAAACAUCUAGAACGGUUUUCAAGAAUGCAGAGGAAUCUUCGAAAGGAACAUUCAAGAAACCUUUUGAUCCCCCAAAGCAUGCCAUGAAGAAAACUACGACGACUCCAAAGAAACCAAAGCAGCCCCCUCUGCAAGUUAUUCGUUUUAUCUCUCAACGUUUGUCCAGUGGAAAUACAGUGUACCGUGUACGAGCUACUGCUGUUCGUGGUAGUGUUGCCCGUGACUGUCAUCUUGUUGUGAAACGGUGUUCCAAUGCUGCUGAGGUCACUUAUUACAAGAAGGUGGCACCUCGAAUUCCAUAUGUUCCUCGCGUACUUCUGUGUGACAAAAAUGUUGUGGUGAUGGAUGAUCUUGUGCAUGAAGGAUUUAGACGUCCUCGAGGCAAGUUCACCCCUGCCCAGAUGACUGUUGCAAUAGAUGGUCUUGCUCACAUGCAUACUGCAUCAGUGGUUGCUUUGAAGAGAGACCCUUCCCUUUUAGAAGCAUUUCCACAAGCUGCAAAAGCUACUGAGAGUGACAUUGCAAGAGAUUUACGUAUGCUAGCAGAUAGAGUGAAAUCGUGGUCCUUACCUGAUGCUGACUACUAUGCUGCUAGAUGCCGUGCUCUUGCUGAGUGUGUGCCCUAUUUGUUAGAGCGGUUGGAACCUGCUGAUACGAAUAUGACUGUUCUUCUUCAUGGAAAUAUUUCACCACGUAAUGUGUUCUUCCUUUACGAUAGUAGAAAUCCUAGACUUCCAGCAAUGGCAUCUUUUGUGGACUUUGCAAAUGUUUAUUGGGGGCACCCUGCUCUGGACAUAUCUCUAGUGACUGGGCGUGCUGGUGGCUUUUGGGAGGGUUACAAAAUAAUUCUGUUGUCACUUCUUACAAGAGCUAGUGGCCGUAUGUGGAUGCCCCAGCCUGAGAUCAAGGACUGUGGAGAAACAUAUGCAUUUGCCCUGUUGCGAGCUGUGUGCUCUUCAGUAUCUGGUACUGCAGCCAAAGUGCUUGAAGCAAGGCUUCAAGAAUUGUUUCCAGUGUUUCGGCAAUAUAGUUGGUUAGACUUUUGGUGAUGAGUGUUGCCUUGUUGAAUAGCAUACAAAACUUGUUUGAAGCAAUUUAGUCUAUGUCCAUUCAUAUGGUGUAAUGGGAUUGCAAAUGCAAGCAAGAUUUUUGAUGCGUCAGGGAUAUUGUGGUAUGCAGUUUGACAUACACUUGGAGGCCUUACUAGGAAGAGUAGGAAAGAGGACAUGUAAAGAAUGUAAGUUACAAGCCUAGAUAUUUAGUAGUAGUAAUGUAUCUUGCAUAAUUACUCUUUGAAGUCGUAAAAGGGCUUAGGUACUGGGAAAAAGAAAUUCCAUCAUGUAAUUGUGUAUUAUAUAUUUUUAUGUUAGCAUCAGUACCACUGAGUACCUUUGGUCCACUGCUUUGUAUUUUUGCUUGUAAUUUAUAUAUAUAGAGAGAGAAAGAGAAAUAAUCUACUGUAUAGUUGAAUACUGCUCAUGUCAGUCGUUGGCUUCUGCGAGGGAUGGUCAUGCAACUUUUUUAAAAGACAGUUUUUGCUAUUAUUUUUUUUAAUAUUUAUUUUUCAUGUCUCGUAUUAUUUACGCUGUUAGAAAGUCAUCAGUGACCAAAUUAUUAAAUCUGAUCAAAUAACAAUGUAGGAGAUGAGUUAUUGGUUCUUCCUUUUCAAUUCCACCUUUUUUUUUUUUAUUUUUAUUUUUUUUUAUUAUUUUUUAUUUUUUUUUAUUUUUAAUCUUGUCUAUAAUUUGGAAUUAUGUCAUCUUAUUUUGUGGUUUAAUAAUUUUGACUUUUCUACUGAUUUUGCAAUGGAAUUUGUCUUGAACAGGGUUAUAUUAUUCUGCGGAAAGUGAUAUGUUGCACUUGCUUCUUAGUUGUUUUAUGAAUUUCAAAAAAGUAGAGAAACAAAUGUGUGAGAGUGUUGUCAUUAUUUCCAUUGAGAAUAACAUUUUCAGAAGUGUGAUCUAGAUUCAAGUAUUCUCACUAUAAACUGGUUUGAAAAACUACAAUAUUUCGAUUUUCCAUCAGCAUGAGGGACAAAAUUGGUGAAGCUUGGUAUAGUUAGUAAAUCUCAUUUUUUUUGUUAGAUAUUUUCGUGCUUUUUUAUUCUCAUACUGUUUCUUUGUUCUGUCUCCUCAACCUCCUCAUAAUUGAUAAUGUUGAAAUAAAUUAGUUGACCUUUUAUUCUGCUAGAGGAGAGUAAAGUUACAAUUAUGGAAGGUUAGUGUAUCAGGGAAUGUUGUUUCUUUAGAGUAAAGGUUUCAUACAUAAGACGUAAGUAUGUGGCCUUUCAGAGUGCUCCUCUCAGAAGUGAAAUUGUGAAUUAUGCAGAGUAUGUUCAUUGCAAGCAUCCUGAUGUAUUAUUGUAAAUGAAAAGAUAUAAUCCUAAUAUUAUUUUAUGCAGAAUUAUGUAUAACAUGAAUUUUUGAGGAAUAAAAUUAUACCAGGAUUGUGUUUCAAAGAUAAGUUUCUUAUUGUUGGUUUUAAUUACUGAAGGUAAAGUUCAUUGUCUUUAAUUUGUGAUCGUAUCAAGUGCUUCAUUUUCAUUCAAUUAAUAACUUUUCUAAAAAAAAUUCAAACGAAAAAAUGUGCCAUAUGUGAUUAUAUAUUUGUUGUUUCUCCUCCCUUCAGAAGAUAAAGAAUCAAUGAUCUUUAAUAAUAUUGAUGACAUUUGAGCUAUAACAAUGCAUCAAGGCUUAUUACCAUAUUAAAGUUACUGUCAUGAUGUUUGAAAACUGUGUAUAAGAAAGGUUCUGUCUAUGUCUUGAACUCAAAUCUUGCUUGCAAUUGAGUCUGAAAUGAUUGGAAAUUAGUUCCUUUUGCUUGAUGCCAGCAAAACAAGCCAUUAUCUUCAAAGGUGCCCUCACAGCAUGGAAUACAUUUUUAGAAUGAUGAGUCAUACUUCGAAGUUUCGUGUUGGGAGAAUACAACACAUUUGAUUGUGCAAUCAUUAAACCUGAAAUUAUGUAACAUUAGAAUGCCUAAAGCAUUUCAAAACCUGCCAGAUAUGAAGGAUGUGGUUGCAAGGGGUAUUAAUUAUUUACAAAAUAAGUGCAAGAAUGUUUGAUGGUAACAUUUGUUCAUUUAAUUAUUUUUAACAAUGCUAUCUUUAGUGAGUGAUACUUUUGAAACAAUUUGAGAAUAUACUUUUCUCAGAGGUACUGGGCUUGGGCAUUCUAGGUUAUGAUUAAAUGAGUUUUUAAAAAAAAAAUUUACGCAACUUAUUUCUCAGAUUGGUGGAUUAUGAAGAUAUAUCAGUACUCAAACAGUUAUUAUCAAUUUUAUUUUAUUUUAUAAACCACAUUUCUGCAAAGAAAACAAUGAUAAUUUUCUUGAAAUAAUAUCAGUUCCUCUUCAUGAUGGAAAUGUUCACAUCCAUUCAUAUCCUUAAAAUUGAGUUACUAAGAAAAUAAUAUAUUUAACAAUUCAGGAUGUUGCUAAGACAAAUGUGAAUGUUUUUUAAAAACAUAGUAAAAAUGGUAUCUUGGAGGUGUCCAAUAUUAGUACAGCUCACUUGCAAUACUUUGGUAUUUAACAUUUCUUAGAAGAGAGGAGAGCUGGAAUAAAUAGUAUUUAACAUAUUCCAAAGCAAAUGAAAUAUCUUUCAGCUUUCUCAGAAGAACAAGACAUUUACUUCCACAUAUCAGUAAAUGUGCGUUUCCAGAAUGUUUGUGGCCUACUGGUAAUUCAGAACUGCCUGUAAGUUGUUACACUGCAGUUUUAAUUCAUAUGUUGCUGUGUUAAAUGUGGUUUCAGAAUAUGUGCAAAUUGUUCCUUUGUACAUAAAUUAAUUUUAGUAUUUUCUUUACUGCAGCUAACAAAUGAGAUUGUAAGUAAUAAACUGCGUCAUCUUUUGCCACAUUUGUUGAAUAUAAAUUUUCUUCAUUUCAUAUUUAUGUAUUUCUUAAUUUAAAUGCAUAAUUAGCAAUGCAAGGACAUUGAUGAUUUUGUGGACCUUUUUGUUUCAUUGAAGUGAUCAGUUGAGCACAAUUUAUUUAAAUGUAAUAACAUUGAAGUGUUGUAAAUGGGUAUCCCUUGCUUUUGAGCACACCAAGUAGAGGCAGACUCGUCUGUUUUUGAUUUCUGAAUAUCUUAACUCGUAAAAGACUGUUCAGCUUCUGUUAUUACCCUAUUGAGUUAUACAUAACACAUCUGUUUAAAUUGAAUAAAGGUUUAUCUUGAACAAUUUGGCUUAUUUCUUAACUUAUUUUCUCCCAACUCUUCAAUAUCAUUUUUCAUUUCCACAUUAAUGUCUAUUAAGGAAACUUCUAAAUAUACUACAUAUUAAGAUUUG